UACUGUUCAACCGGCGACGUGGAGGAGAGGUUGCAAAAAUGCAACUCAAAGGUUUUCUAGAGAGGGACACAGCUCCCCUACAUAAAGAUGUUGCUGUUGGGCUAACAAAGUUUGAACAAAAACUUUGUACACAUUUCAGUCGGGUGGAAAUUAGGGGUAAAAGGGGGCGAAAAGUGGCAGUUUUGCUGUCACCAGACAUGGUUGAUGCCUUAACACUCCUCAUAAGCAGAAGAAGGGAGUGUGACAUCCCUGAGGAAAACCAAUUCCUGUUUGCUCGACCAAGCUGUUUGAGUUGUUAUAGAGGACAAGACUGUCUGAGGAUCUAUGCACACGAGUGUGGUGCACAAAACCCGGAACUCCUCCGGUCGACCCAACUGCGCAAACAUGUGGCAACUUUGUCGCAGGUGCUUAACCUGAAAAACCACGAGUUGGACCAAGUUGCGGACUUUUUGGGCCACGAUAUUCGUGUGCACAGAGAAUACUAUCGACUUCCAGAGGCUACAACCCAGCUGGCCAAGAUUUCAAAGUUACUCCUCGCUGUGGAGAAAGAUUCUCUUUCAAAUCUCCAGGGCAAAACCCUAGAAGAAAUUGAAAUUGAAGACAAGUUAGACUUUUCUGAUUCGGAACAUAGUGAAGACAGUGAUGCUGAGGAGGCACAUCCACAGACACAAACAGAAACAGAUACAGACCCUGCCUUAGGAGGCCCAUCUAAAGAUCAUUGCAUGAAGGACAAAUAUCACAGCAGGAGGGAAGAGCACGAACAACCUGGAAUGAAGAAAGCUAGGCAGCCUGUUGUGAACCCACCAGGCACCUCAGAUGAUAUUGAGACUUCCUUUGGAGGCUCAUCUCAAGGGAAUCACGAAAAUUCUGCUGAAAAAAAUCUGGACGAUGCUAAAAGGAAGCAGAAACGAGCCUGGUCUUCAACUGAAAUUUCAGCAGUACAGAGGCACUUCCGCGACCACAUAGCUGGGGGUAAACUCGCCACUAAAAUUGAAUGCCAGCAGUGCAAGAAUGCUGAGCAUCCAGCUUUGGCUACUCGCACACUCCAAAACAUUAGGGAUUUUGUCAGGAAUCGAGGCUUAACCCUAAAAAAGAAACCUUCUCAUUAGGUGUUUUUGUUUUUUUACUUUUUGUUUAUAUGCAAGCGGAAUAUUCUUCUGCUGUUGAAGUUUGUUGAUGGAUAUGCUUUUAGCAAUGUUUAGUUUAACUGUUAUGUUUUAGGAACAGUUAAAUUAUUUAAGAUCCCCUCUUUACACUUGCAUUAAGAGCGUUUGUUUUUUCGUUACACACAGUACACAGGAUGUUUCUUGAUACACAAAAUGGUCUUGUGAUGUAAAAUAUUAAGGGCAACUACUGUAAUGUUGUUAAAAUUAAACUUUGCUCGUUGUUCACAGACCGUGCAUACUGUUAUAUGUCCACC